AUGUGGACCGACAGGCUCGGAGUGCUAUGCAUCAUCCUGGGGUUUGCCUUGGGUAUCGCCAACAUCUUCCACUUUAACCUGCUCAUUUUAUUCAGUAUCAUACUACUUUGCUCCGCCCUCGUUCUCAUAUUCAUCGAGAUCCCGCUCUUGCUACGCAUCUGCCCUACAUCCGCCAAAUUCGAUGCCUUUAUCAAACGCUUCACCACCAACUACAUGCGCGCCGCUAUUUACGGCGUCAUGGCCCUGGUCCAAUGGCUCAGCAUCAUUGUCGAGGCCAGCAGCUUGAUUGCCGCCGCCGUGGUGUUAACCUUGGCGGCAGCUUGCUACGCACUGGCAGGGUUGAAACAGCAGGAAUUUGUGGGAAGCACAACGCUGGGUGGGCGGGGAGUGGCCCAGAUGAUUGUCUAA